CGCCUUGUAGCUACAUAGUCCAAUGCAAAGAUUUCGCAAUGUCGGCUCCAUCUCGAUCGCGAUCCCGUGAAAGGACUCCAUCUGAAAAGAGCAGCCUUGGGAAAGUACAGCCGAUUGCGCAAGCGCCGGUUGCAGAACAAGAGGAGGCAGUUUCAGGACUUUCGGGGACGCCCGUCGGCAGCGGACUGCCAAGUGCUGAAGGCAGAAAUGCUGAAGCCGAGCACCAUGAUUCGAGUGGCAGGAGCGCUCCAAGCUCUGCUGAUGCCAAUCAGGAGAGAUUUAUGGUGACACCACCAUCAGCUGCACCAGGAAGCACUAUGCCUUUGGUGCCUGCGAUACCGGUUCCUGCGCGCACCAAGGUGGUGGUCACGGUACCAGUCAAGAUGAAAGUGCCGCCGCAGGCAUCGCUACAAGAUGUCCGCAACAAGCUGAUUGCCGCAGGCAUUCCAGUAGAAAGCAGCAAGGGAUCUUUUCACUGUCGUGGUGAACCAGAGGUUGUAGACGACGCAGUGGUGGGUGACCUCAAGGACACGCGCCUGGCUUUCUUUCCAGAACCAGACUUGCAGCCCUGGCAGCUCUGUGCAGCCCAUCGGGCCUGCGAGCGGCUGGUGCAGCAACGCCUGGGGCAAAACUGGGCUGCAGCAAGGCAUCCAUUUUUCAAGACUCGACUUUGCAACAAUUGGGUCCAACAAGGCGGCUGCUUGCGUGGAGCCAGGUGUGUCUAUGCCCAUGGCCCUGGUGAGCUGCAAAGAGCACAGGUGCCACCUGGUUUCAUGCCACGGCCACCGGGGCCUUCUCAACCUGGUGGCGUCAAGAUGCCUCCCCCCGUGAAGGUUCCGGAGGUCGUCUUCACUGUGGACAAGGAGGAGGAACGGCGACGUGCUGAGCGAGCCAAGCGCUUUGCGCCGCGAGCCGCCUCAUUCGAGGCCAAAGAAGCUCCGCCUGCGCAGAAAUCUGAGGAUGUGUCUCCUGAGGAAGUUGACAUCGACGAAGUUGAUCCUGAAGUGGGUUUCAUCAACGAGGAACAGAUCGCAGAGUACCUCAUGGAGAUGCAGCAGCAACUCCUGAAUUCUGAUGACGGUGGAUUCGACGUUGAUCCGGUCCAGCAACCUGAUGAGAUGUGCGACGGAAAGGAUGAAGCUCAGAGUUGAUGUCAAAA